AUGAAGCUCGUGCAGGGUACUGUACACGAGAGUGAAAUUUAUAAUUUUUAUAUUCUUCUUCUUCUUCUGAUAUAUCAUGCCAGGGGACACAUGAUCGCUACCAGGUAUAUAUUUUUGAACAUGUUAGCACUUCGUAUCACACCACCACUGUUAAUCUCAAGUUACACCAAGUCGAAUGGAAAUAGAUGGGCAUUAAAAUGGAAGGAAGGAAGGAGGAAAAGGUCGCUGGAAUCCUUUCUCUGUACAUGCAGUCAGUCAGCCAGCCAGCCCAGCCACAUUGUCAUCACUGUCAUCAAUAUACAUACAGGGUACUUGACUGCCAUACGUCAUUGUCACCUAUCUACUCAUAUAUAUACUCCAUACGGCUGGCUCCACAAGAACAGUAUAGUAAUACUGGUCGAGACAAAAAAAAAUUACGAUUCGAGAAUGCUUGACUUAUCUUUCGUUUUACCUUCCAGCGCCCCCCAGUACUUUGUAGUAAUACUACUGCGUACGGGGAGAAACAUAGUCCAGGGAUCUGAUUCAUCCAGCCCCGCCCAGCCGGCUGGUCAGCUAGCUUACUGCAGUACUCCGUACAUACAUAGCGGGACGGACAUCCUAUCCUAUCAAGUUCAUUUACUAAAGAGUAAAGACGCAUGCAUGUGUCUGAUGUUCUGGAACCCGAACCAGCCCUGGAUUAAUAAUAUUACGAGAGUAUGGGGUGUGCAAGGGAAAAAUGAAUACCCACGGAUGCUUAUCUAUCAGACUAUCAUGCUAGACGACAGAAAUAGAAGAUCAAGGCAUAGCAUGGCAUUUGAUAGUCUAGUCUACUCCGUAUAUCCUUCCCCUUGCAAGUUGCAACUGUUUCAGUCCGAUCGAUUGAUCCAUGCGACUGAUCAGCGUUGUGAUCAGCGCUCGAAUAUGUCUAACUUGAUUGGACAUGAACUAGAUAGAGGCCGAUGUCGGGAUCACGGUUCAGGAGGUGGACGGAGCGAUCAGGAUCUGGUUCUGGUUCUGCAUGGAGGAUUCUAUACCUCGUCCACAGUUCAUACUGAUCCUCCUGCUGUAUAUGUCGCAUCCUGCAGUUCAUCGGUUCAUCGUCCAUCGUUCAUCUCAUGCUCACCUCAGCAGGCCCCUCCUGACGCAUCUGGCGAUGUGCAGGUCGAGGCAGCGCUAAGCAUGCAUCCGCUCCGGUUCGUAGCGUGGGCCGUUUCAGCCUGCCAAUCAGCAGGCCGACAGUCGAACCGCCCUGCCAGGUUCUCGAAGCCCGCCCGUCCAGGCUGCCACCGUUGA